CCCGUCGCGUCGUUGAACCCGUACAUGAACCGGUGGACGCUCAAGGCCAAGGUCGCCGUCAAGAACGAUAUUGUCUCCUGGUCCAACGCGCGCGGCGACGGCACGCUCUUCAAGGUCACGCUCGCGGACGCGGACGGCGAGGAGAUCGAGGCGGUCUUCUUUAAAGAAGCGUGCGCCAAGUACCACGCGGCGCUCGUCGAGGGCGGCGUCUACUACUUCUCCGGCGGCAAGGUCAAGCCGUCGAACCCGCGCUACAGCGCGACCAAGUGCGGCUACGAGGUCACCUUCGACAUGGCGUCGAAGAUCGAGGCGUGCGCGGACGCGUCCGGCAUCGGCCUGUGCAUCGGCGGCACCAAGUACGACUUCGUCAAGAUCUCCGCGCUCGAGCAGGCCGACGAGGGCCAGGUCAUCGACGUCCUCGCCGUCGUCAAGACCGCCGAGGACUGCGCCGAGGUCGUCUCCCAGAAAUUGGGCGGCAAGACGCUCACGAAGCGCGACGUCACGUUGGUCGACGCGUCGGGCGUCGACGUGCGGCUCACGCUCUGGGGCGAGCGCGCGAAGCAGGACCAGUUCGCGGCGGCGCCCGUCGUCGCGCUCAAGGGCGUCAAGGUCUCCGAGUACCAGGGCACGAAGUCGCUCGGCUUCCUCCGGUCGUCGCGCGUCGCCUUCGAGCCCGAGGACGCGGCGGGCUACGAGGAGCUCAAGGCCUGGUGGGCCAACGGCGGCGCGUCGGCCGCGUCGACGUCGCUGUCGCGCGUGUCCAACGCCGGCGGCGGCCUCAAGGGCGAGAAGUUCGCGGACCGCCGGGGCCUGCAGGACCUCAAGGACGACGCGCGCUUCGGCCAGGGCGACAAGCCCGACUACGCGACCUUCAAGGCGACGCUCAUGAAGGUCAAGGAGGACCGCCUCUGGUACGAGUCCUGCGGCGACGGCUGCCAGAAGAAGGUCACGCAGGGCACGGACGGCACGUACUCGUGCGAGAAGUGCGGCACGACCAAGGAGGAGUGCGAGCGCCGCUACAUCGUCUCCUGCUGCUUCGUCGACGCCUCCGGCAGCUCCUGGGUCUCCGCCUUCAACGACGCGGGCCUCGUCCUCUUC